GACCUGCCGAUGCCCAAUUGACAAUGUCAUAGUAUGUUUGUCGGCGUCACUGUUCUGUUGCUGAGCUGGGCCAGCUGCGCCCUCAGCGCCCAGUACCAGGAGCGCUACCUGGACGUGCCGGUCGACCACUUCAGCUUCAGCAGAACCAACGAAACCUUCAAGCUGCGCUUCUUGGUAGUGGAACAGUUCUACGUCAAAGGCAGCCCCAUUUUCUUCUACUGCGGCAACGAGGCCGACAUCACCACAUUCUUCGAUAACACCGGGUUUCUUCUGGAAAUUGCGCCCAUCUUCAACGCCCUGGUGGUUUUCGCCGAGCACCGUUACUACGGCCUGUCCAUGCCCUUAGGAGCGCGCUCUCUGAGUCCUUCUGAGGGGCUGCGCCUGCUCACCACCUCCCAAGCGCUGGCGGACUUUGUGCGUCUGAUCGACCACCUGGGGGGGCAGUACUUCGGCACCAUGCUGACCAAUGACACUUUUCCAGUGGUGGCGUUUGGCGGUUCGUAUGGCGGCAUGUUGGCGGCGUGGUUGCGCAUGAAGUAUCCCCAUGUGGUGCUGGGCGCAGUGGCCUCCUCAGCCCCAUUGCUGCAGAUGAACAACCUGGAGCUGUGCCAGGCGUUCUACCGCUCCGUCACUGAGUCGUUUGCGGCCAAUGGCAACUGCAGCUAUCCGGUGAAGUUGUCGUGGGCGGCCAUUCGAAACCUGUCGGAAACUGUGCAGGGACGACGCAGUGUUUCGCAGGUGUUCAAGUUGUGCAAGCCGCUGGAGUCUAGUGAAGAUGCCGGCAAGUUAAUCGACACCCUGGUGGAUAUUUACGUGAAUCUGGCAAUGUUGAACUAUCCCUAUCCGACUCACUUUCUGGCGCCGCUGCCCGCCAAUCCAGUGAAAUCCUUCUGCGACAAGCUGCGCAGCUUUGGGGUGGUGGAGACCGCCGUGGAGCUGCUCCAGGCGGUGUCCAGUGCGCUGGAAAUCGCCACCAAUUUCUCGGGAAACACUCAGUGCAACAACAUCGAAACCACAGUGGAACAGCCCGUUGACUACGCCUGGGACUUCCAGGCCUGCUUCGAGCUGGUGAUGCCCAUCUGCAGCUCGGCGCUGGACAUGUUCGAGCCGACCCAGUGGAACUACUCGAAAUACGCCCAGGACUGCAGCAGGAAGUACCAAGUGACGCCCUACUCCUCCAACGGGGUUCUACUGGAGCAUGGCGGGCGCAUUCUCAAGUACGCCUCCAACAUUGUCUUCAGCAAUGGGCUUUCAGAUCCCUGGUGCAGUGGCGGGGUGCUGAAGAACGUCUCAGAUUCGGUGGUGGCGGUGCUGAUUCCCCAGGCCGCCCACCAUUACGACCUGCGCGCCGCCCAUCCGGUGGACUCGCACUAUGUGCUGGAAGCCCGCAAGUUCCACGUGGGGCAGAUCAAAAAGUGGCUGAAUAUUCCGUAGAUGGUUGGGGGCGUUUCGCGCCCCCAGUUGCCAUAGACAACAAAUGACUGUUUCCGGGGGGUGAUUAAGCGGCCGCCGCUCUACAGUGCCAAAUCAGUCCGCCAAAUUAAAUCCGGCCUCAGAUUAUUACAUACCUCAGUGACGGUUCAUAAAUAUCCGGACCCCUGGCGGGUCGUUAAGGGCCGCCACCGUCAUCGCGAGAUAUUGCCGAUACUCCACGGGAAUGAUCGGGAUAAUUAACGGGACUCGUUCGCUCCAGGCCGGAAUACAUCUGAUGUAAUAUCAAGUGCAUGGAUAGGAGGGGCGGUUUUUGACAGCAAAUGACUUGGAGAGGUGUCAAAAUUUGGCUACAAAUAAAUCAUAUCUGUCAAAAAAAUAUAAUGU